GCCCCUCCUCCCUGCCUUUGUCUCUUCCUGCCCGUGGGCUCAGCUGGGCUGUGGAGAGAGGGAGGCUGGCUCUUCGCAUUCAGGCCCUGGGUCACUAGCACCUCACGACUCUCUCAUCCUCUGAAGACACAGCCAGUAGCUCCUGCUAUGGACAGGUGGUACCUGGGUGGCAGCCCCAAGGAGAACGAGGACCCAUUCUACUACGACUACGAGACCGUCCGCAAUGGGGGCCUGAUCUUCGCCGCCCUGGCCUUCAUCGUGGGGCUCGUCAUCAUCCUCAGCAAAAGAUUCCGCUGCGGGGCCAAGAAGAAGCACCGGCAAAUUCCUGAAGAUGGGCUCUGAGGAGAGAGCCAGCCGUGCCCACCCUUGCACCGGGGCUGCUUGGAAGUCUUCCCUGAGCUGUAGACCUCUGUCCCAGCACUGCCAGGCCCUCGGGCUGAAGGAAGCUUCGGGCUCCACGUGACCCCCCCCCCCCCGGGUGGGCUUCACCUCCUUCUGCCCCGUGUUAAUAAUAAAGCCGGCCUCCGAGACGGCUCCUUCCCUGGCCUCCUCCCUCGCUCCUUCUCUCCUGUAACUGCCACCAUCCCCUCCUCCAAGCUGGAGUCAAUACAGCCUGGUCUCUGGCUUUUUGCUUAUU